AUGGAAAAUGGCCAUGAACACGAACCAUUUGAAGUGGAUGUAAACUCUGUCAGAAAACUGAAUCAAUGUACACCAAGACGAGCUUUAGAACAUUUAGACAAAUUUGGACAAGGAUUGGGGAAAGUUAGUCAAUUAGUUGGACGCAGAUUGGACAAUCAAACCGCGCUUGAUAGAAUAACGUUUGAAAGUGAGAGAUUCAUAGGUAGUCAAAGCGAAACAUCAUCUAGAAGAAACAGUGACGACGGUGGAAGAGCUAAAAAAGAAAAUUUGCGAGAAGAUGGCACGUGCUCCGAGCCAGUUACAGCGAACGUAACUAACCACAACGUUUGGACCGACUUCAAUAGCUCAACAUCUACGACGAGGACUGAAUUAAGUGCGUCCGACAACGGUAUUGAAGAACAACAAAACAGACUUCGUCGUCGGAGCCAUGAAGCAUCGUUGCCGGGAACUCCGCUGCAUAUUGAAAUACCAUGGAAGUCAUAUGACAAUAUUGCACCUGAAUCGAACUUUGGAACAUCGCUUGCUGAUAUCAUGGAAAGUCCAGUAAUUAAGGUCAACCUCAGAGAAGAUAUUAAAUCGAACUCACGUGAUAGUUCAGAGGAGCGACGAUUUCGUGGCUGGAGACUUGUGAAGAAUGUCACUUCAGCUGCAGGAGCUUUUUCUCCUAAGUUCAAGAACGAGUCUUCUACGCUACCUAGUACUCCACUGCCUAGUCUUCAGUCUAAAUCAAACAGCAAAAAUUCUGAUUACUCGAGAGGUGGGAGAAAAGAUUCACUACCAAAAUAUUCAAAUGAAAAAGAAGAAAAUAUAGGAGAAACCAGUCCCGAAGGUCUGGAUCCGGAUUCAUUAAUGUUCAGGGAUGGAAGACGACGCAUAGAUAUGGUUUUAGCUUACGAAGAGGAAGACUAUGGAGUAAUGACUGAGGCCGAAGCAAAAAAAAGAGAUCACAGGAGAAUAUUUCAAGAAAAUCUAAUUAAAGAAGGCUUAGAAUUAGAAUUAGAAAAUAAAUGUCUGUCAUUUGAUGAAAAAACAUGGUUUCUGAAAGUUCAUAUACCGUGGAAGACUGAAAUGAGACUGGCGGAAGUAAUAGGAAUGAAAUUACCAACAAGAAGAUUUAUAACUAUAUCAGCGAGAGCGUGGUCCGAUGAGAAAUUAGCAGAGAAAGAAAGAAAAUGGUACUCGAAAUGGCGGAGAAGGUGGAAGGAAAUGUAUGAGUAUGAGCACAGUCGAAUAGAACCAGAACCCUCAUUUUAUGAUGCGACGGAACAGAAGGGAAUACGAAGAGAAGAACAAUUUCUAGUAAAAGAUCGUCACACACAAUUUUCUCCAGCACAACGCAGUUUAUUGGUUAUGCAAAUUUUACUUCGAGCAAAAUAUGACAGUACAGAAACUAAGAUGGGAAUCCGAAGAUUACUCAAUGAUGGUACUUAUCUUGCAUGUUUUCCGCUUCACGAGGGUCGGUAUGAUGCUGAUAAUCCUGAUGGGUCUACUACUGAUAGAAGACUUCUCUAUCUCGAAUGGGCGAGACCUAGCAAAUGGUACAAGAAACAGCCACUGUGGUUAGUCCGGCGCUAUUUUGGUGAUAAAAUUGGGCUUUACUUUUGCUGGCUAGGAUUCUACACUAAGAUGUUAUACGCACCCGCUAUUGUUGGAACUUUGUGCUUUUUAUACGGAUUAGCCAGUAUGGAAUCCGAUGAUAACAUUCCCAGCAAGGAGAUAUGUGAUACCAAUGGUCCAGGCAACACAACUUUAUGUCCGCUCUGCGAUAAGGCAUGUCAGUACCAAAGUCUGUCGGACUCUUGUCUUUUUGCCAAAAUUACCUACUUGUUUGACAACCCCGCUACUGUGUUCUUCGCAAUAUUUAUGUCUUUUUGGGCAACCACAUUCCUUGAACUUUGGAAACGAAAACAAUCAGUAUUACGUUGGGAGUGGGAUUUAGGUGGUGUUGAUCAUGAUGAAGAACCACGGCCUGAGUUUGAGGCUUCUGUCAAAACAUUUCGCACCAACCCUGUAACGCGAGAAAAAGAACCUUUUCUACCACCUUGGCAAAAAACUAUGCGAUACGUAGCAACAAGCUCUGCAGUUCUGUUUAUGAUUACUAUAGUGAUGGGUGCUGUUUUGGGCACCAUCAUUUAUCGCAUUUCCAUGGUGUCGGUUAUUUACGGCGGCACUGGAUUUUUCCUCAAAAAACACGCCAAAAUAUUUACCGCAAUGACAGCCGCAGUGAUAAACUUGAUUAUUAUUAUGUUUCUUACAAGGGUAUACUCAAAAGUAGCUGUGUAUUUAACGAACAUGGAAAAUCCUCGGACGCAAACGGAGUACGAAGACUCUUACACGUUUAAGAUAUUUUUCUUCGAAUUUAUGAAUUUUUAUUCAUCACUUAUCUAUAUUGCUUUUUUUAAGGGUCGUUUCUACGACUACCCGGGAGACGAUCAAGCGCGCGAGUCCGAAUUUCUUAAGCUUAAGGGUGACAUAUGUGAUCCAGCUGGCUGUCUAUCCGAGCUGUGCAUCCAGCUCGCAAUCAUCAUGGUCGGCAAACAGUGCUUGAACAAUAUUCUUGAGCUCGGAUAUCCAAAGUUUCAUAAUUGGUGGCGGCAAAGAUCACACCGCGCAGUUACACGCGACCCCAAUAAGCCCGACAUGGCAUGGGAGCAGGACUACCACUUACAAGAUCCCGGUCGACUUGCGCUCUUUGACGAAUACCUUGAAAUGAUUCUUCAAUACGGUUUCGUCACUUUAUUCGUAGCAGCAUUUCCCCUCGCACCGCUUUUCGCCCUUCUCAACAAUAUUGCAGAAAUUAGACUAGACGCUUACAAGAUGGUCACGCAAGCAAGACGACCGCUCGCCGAACGAGUAGAGGACAUUGGAGCCUGGUACGGCAUUUUAAGAGGAAUUACGUAUGCAGCAGUCGUUUCUAAUGCGUUCGUCAUUGCUUACACCAGCGAUUUUAUACCCCGAAUGGUCUACAAAUAUGUUUAUUCACCUGACUACACUCUAACUGGUUACAUUGAUCAUUCUCUAUCACUAUUCAACACGUCGGACUAUCGCGAAGACUGGGGUGCGGACGAAAAUGAGGUGGACCCGCCGACUUGCGCAUACCGCGGCUACCGAAACCCACCACAGCACCCCGAGCCUUACGGCUUGUCGCCACACUACUGGCACGUGUUCGCCGCGCGGCUCGCCUUCGUCGUGGUAUUCGAGCACGUGGUAUUUGGACUUACGGGCCUAAUGCAGCUAUUUAUUCCUGACGUACCAACGGAGCUUCGCACACAAAUGCAGAGAGAAGCGCUACUUGCUAAAGAAGCCAAAUAUGAACAUGGUCGGAGGCGUCUUUCGACAGAAUACAGGCAAAUAAUCAGUCAAAAAAGUGACAAUGAGGAAAAGGCAAGUGGAGCUUGGAUGCGUCGUACAUCACGUGCAUCCGAUGGACUCGAUGCUCAUGUCGCUGUUUCUCAAAGACCUUCGUCCCCGCGGAUUACACAUUGA